UUUUCUUCCUUUUUGCAUGGCACUCUCACUCUUUUCUUCUCUACUUCUCUUCUUCUUCUCCUUCUUUCACUUUCAACUCCAAUUCCCUCUUCUUUUUUUCUCUCCAUUUUCUUUCCCUCCUUCUUCCUUCCAUUAACCGCCGCGAAAAUUAGCUCAGAUUCUCCAUUCACUAUACGACACCGUUUUCAUCAUCAUCAUCAUCAUCAUCAUCAUCAACAUGGACUCAAACAACAAUGAUCCCAUGGAGAAUAUGUUACGAUACUACGUGCUUGAAUAUUUGACGAGAACCGGAAGACAUCACGCCGCUUAUGUUUUCAUGAACGAAGGAAAUGUUCCUGAAUUUGAUCCCAUUGGCAGGGAAUUUAUGGGUUCAAUGCUUGAUUCUUCAGAUGGAGUACUACUGCAUGAAUGGUGGUCUACGUUCUAUCCGGUAUUUGAUUCUAGACGAAGGAGGCAUCAAGAGUCUAACCGAGAGCCCUCUAAUAAGGUUCAAAGAAUAACCAAUGCUGCAAGGAAUAAUCCCUCUUUUAGAAUUCCUCAAAUACCAAAGAAUGAGCAGGGACCUCAACAAUUUCAACCUAGCUCCAGCUUUAACAAUAUGAUGCCACCUCCAGCUGCUCAUUUGAUUUCUCCGAGAUUGUACAUUAAUGAUCACCUUGGAAAUGUUGCUGAACAAGUUGAUCCAAUUUUGCUUGCUCUCAUCAAUGGAAAUGGAAAUGCAAAUAACCCGAACUUCUUCUUAGGGAGUAGUUCAAUUCAUCCAUCGCAAGAUGUAGGCACACAGGUCCAGCAGCAAGUCUACAAGGAUAGUGGAGUUGGUAUGCAUGUGGGGUCUCCCAUGCCUAGAAACCCUCUCGAUGCAAGACAAAAAGCAAUGCUGCCUUUAGAUGGACCGCAUGUAACAAAUAACUACGAAGCUCCUAAUUUUGUGCCAAUGAAUGGAUGGCCAUUAAAUGACCAGAUGCCAACUUCCAUUUUGCAAAUACCAAACUAUGGACAGCAGCAGCCUGAAGUGUUGAACACACAAAAUCAGGAUGCAAUCCUUACUCAAGCACUUACAAGUACUCCAAACAGUCAGACUUUCACAGCUCCUCAAAAUUUUACCAGUUGUAACAAUCAAUAUCCAGAGAUUCCCAAGACUGAAUCAAAUAAUAACUAUAGGGAGCUGGUGGACCAAACUGUUGGAGCUGGAGAACCUCAAUGCAAGCAGGAUCAGCAAAUGCAGAUGCAGUCCCAAAAUCUCUAUGAGAGAAGAAAGAGAAAGAUAACAGCACCCGUAGCACCUAGAGAAUGUGUCCCAAUAAUGGACCAAACUGUUAGAGCUGGAGAACCUCAACACAAGCAGGAUCAGCAAAUGCAGAUGCAGUCCCAAAAUCUCGAUAAGAGCAGAAAGAGAAAGAUAAUACCACCCGUAGUACCUGGAGAAUGUGUCCCGAUGAUGGACCAAACUGUUAGAGCUGGAGAACCUCAAUUCAAGCAGGAUCAGCCAUUGCAGACGCAGUCCCAAAAUCUCGACAAGAGCAGAAAGAGGAAUAUGACAGCACCCGUAGCAUCUAGAGAAUGUGUCCCGGACUGUGUGGAUCCAGCAGAUGGAAAACCAGCAGAUGAAAAUGUGGAUUCUUACCUGUCUAUUGAAAAUGCUGAUGCUGAUCUUAGAACUUUGCCUUUCAGCAAUCUGAAACGAAAUUCAGGAACAAAGAGUAGAAAUCAGAAUAAAGGGUUUUCACUCAAAGAGGUUGGAUGCCUUCACUCGAGCAAAAGCAAGGUUUUGGCCAGCCAUUUUUCAUCAAAUGGAAAUUUUUUGGCAAGUGUUGGACAUGACAAGAAGGUUUUUAUUUGGGACGUGGGAACUUUUCAAAGUUAUGCUACUGAAGAAACACAUUCACUUCUCAUUACAGAUGUUCGGUUUAGACCGCAGUCAACUAUAUUUGCGACAUCUUCCUUUGAUAGAUCUAUAAGACUAUGGGAUACAACCAAGCCCACCAAAUCAUUGUUCAAACUUUCUGGGCAUUCUGAACAAGUAAUGUCACUAGACUUCCACCCAGAAAAGGUGGACAUUCUUUGCUCGUGUGAUAACAAUGAUAUAAUUCGCCUGUGGAAUGUGAACAAACGUUCCUGUCUGCGUGUAACUAAGGGAGGUAGUAAACAAGUUAGAUUCCAGCCUCUUGGCAUGCUUCUAGCUACUGCUACUGGAAAUAAUCUCAAAAUAAUUGAUGUUGAGACUGAUAAACUUGUGUACAAUCUAAAGGGACAUGAUAAAGAUGUUCUUUCCAUUUGUUGGGAUAGAACGGGAAAGUAUAUUGCCUCUGUCAGUGAAGAUUGUGCACGAGUCUGGUCGAACGGAGAAUGCAUCGGCGAGUUGCAUUCAAACGGGAACAAGUUUCAAUCGUGCAUAUUUCAUCCGGGAUAUUGUAACCUCUUAGUUAUUGGUGGCUAUCAGUCCCUUGAAUUCUGGUGUCCGACUGAUGAGAGCAGUAGAACAGUGUCAGUUUCUGCACACAAGGGGUUAAUUGCUGGACUAGCAGAUUCACCCGAAGCUGAAUUGAUUGCCUCAGCUAGCCAUGAUUGCUUUGUGAAACUAUGGAAAUAAGGGUUCAAGUGUAUGUUUCAAUGCCAGGAUGUUAAUCUUUGGAUUUUAUAUGACCAUAUUUCCUUUCUUGCUACAUUUUUUUUUGGGAUUGAUUAGAAAAUCUAUAGGUAAAGGACUAAAGGUUUACCGUUCCAUAUAAUCUUACAUAGACAAAUUAUACAACUCCAAUAUGUAUACAAGAUACUGUAGGUUGACUCGAUCGAAUAGAAUGCACAAAUGUUAGAAACUUCUGUGGCUUUGUUUUCCGCUUGGAAAGAGGAAAUUCCAUGAAACUGCAUUACUGCAUUUAGAUUC